CGCUACAACCCGCUGAAGGCUAAAUCAUUCAUAUCGGAAGACUAGUGCGGAUCUCUUUCUCACCCGGAAGUCUGUGAAUGACUCUUCCGGAUUUGUCAGCAAAAGAACCGGAUGCCUCAAGAAAAGAUCGGAACUCUCAGAAGCGGACAAUAGAGCAGUUGCUGGGAUGGGAUCAACAAUUGAAGAAUGAAAAGAUCAUCAAGAAGUGCUUGGGACUGCCAGUCAACCGCAGCUGUGAACAAAUCUUGGUUGAUGACUGGGUAUGGCAAAGGAACUAUGAAGACUUGCAUCUGGAACACUUGGCCACCACACCAAUUUCAGAAUUUGAAGUGAAUGAUGAAGAUCUUUCAGUCUACAAGCCGAUCUUCUCAAAAGCCAUAGAAGAUCAGAUGAUUCCAACUUUUGAAGCACAGGCUGAUUUGGAAGAAACAGCUGAGGAUUUCCCAAUCUUUCCGGAAACCUCACCUGCCUUUUUAACGGUUCUACCUGAAGCUGACCAAGAGAAUACAGCCUCUACUCCACUAGAACAGAACCAAGAAGCAUCAGAAGAAGAAAUUCAGCAACCUCUCAAAUCUCAAGUCCUUGAGAUUCGCACAACUCCUUUCCAAGAGGAGCAAGCUGUAGAAAUCCAAAGGAAUUCUACAGAAGCUGAAAAGCAAGUUCAAAUGGCAACACUGGAGGCCCCUGAAACUCUAGUAGCUGUUUUUGAAGAGCAGAAUGAAGGUGAAGAAAGAGACUCCCUCUCUAGGGAUAUAUCAAAUUUCAUACUUGAUGAAGCAGAGGAAGAAUCUAAAAGGACGCUGAGGAUCAAUGAUGAAGAAGAUGUGCAAGAAGAUGCUGAAUCUUUUCCUAUGCAACUCUUCCAAAGAACAUCCUCUUCUCAUCAGGUAACCAACUUUCAUUUCCAUAGCUCUUCCAUUCCUGCACUUCCGGAUGAAGUACCGGAAACCUGGACAAAGAAGGUCCAAGGGUUGAUUGAAUCAGCCCUAACAUCCCAGCAUGCCUCCUUUAGGCAAGAGAUAGAGCAAAUGGAAGCCAAGCACAACAAGCUGAUUGAGAAAUCUGAAGAGAAACACAGCUCAGAUCUCAAGGAGAUAAGCAAGACAGUGCACAAGACUCUAGAGAUCAUCUCUCUAUUGAGUAACUCUGUGAGCGACACAAUGGAGACAUAUGCAUCUGACAGUUAUCUUCAACUCAAAGAAGUCAAUAAAAUCAGAGAGCAAAUAGCAAAUGUCACAGUUAGUCUACAGAAGCAUAUGUCCCUUCUCCAAAUGGACAUCAGAUCAGCCCUAGCAGUGUCUUCAGCAAAUCAGGUAGUAACCAAAGACUACUUGAAGGUUAUUAUUGACAAUCAGAAGGAAGCACACAGACUGUUCAGACACUUUAGCACAAGCUCUGGCAACCGCAAGAUGGAAGUGAUUCUUCAACAACACAGUCCAUCCUUGAUUCCAGAGCUCCCUAUUGCAGGAGAAGUCUCUUAUAUUCCUUCGCAUCUGAACAUGACUGACCUGAUCCUCGAAGCUCAGAGAAAUAAUCCGGAGAACUCAGCACAACAUCUAUCUAGCUCAGGACUGGAUGGAACAUAGGCUGUUGGAACCAUUGUCUCCCAUUUCUCAAAUGAUGCCCAAACAGAGGAGAGACGCAACAACAUAAGGCACAUUAAAGAACUGUUUGGAAACAUGCAAGGCAUUAAGCCAAUACUGUGGCCAGCUUUAUAAGUGCCUAUACGGGUCACACACUUUGGACAAUUUAAGGAGUAGGAUUAAACAAUGGGAUAAUAA